GUCAUUUCACAAACCUAUCAAAAACCAAAAAGCUCUAAUGAAAUUCUUUGUAUUCUCCUCUUCAUUUUUUGCCAUUUCUCUGUGUGUAUCGAUGCUACUCCUAGCCAAAACAAAGUUAGUAGUAGACAUGAGUUCUUCACUACAAUCACUACUACGCGUGUCUGAGUCUGAUCCUACUACCACUGUUGACCAUCUUGUGUUUGGAAUUGCCUCCACUGGGACUGCAUGGAAUAGGAGGAAGGUAUACACAAAACUCUGGUGGAACAGAAAACCCUAUAAUACAAUGAGAGGGUGUGUUUUCGUAGAUACACUUCCACAUGCAGAAAAUGCCAACAACAACAAUGAUGGUUCUCUUCCACCUCUUUGUGUCUCUGAAGACACUUCACAGUUUCCCUACACUUACAAGAAUGGUCAACGGUCAGCAAUCCGUGUGGCACGUGUUGUGAAGGAGACUGUGGCAUUAUUGAACCAUUCUGGUGUUAGAUGGUAUGUGUUUGGGGAUGAUGACACCAUUUUCUUCCCUCAGAAUUUGGUCAAAACUCUUUCCAAAUAUGAUCAUAGGCUUUGGUACUAUGUUGGGUCCAGCUCAGAGAUUUACGAUGGCGCCCAGGUUUUUGGCUUUGGAAUGGCUUUUGGUGGAGGUGGUUUUGCUAUCAGUUCCUCUCUAGCACAUGUCCUAGCCAAGGUUCUUGAUUCGUGUAUACAAAGGUAUCCUCAUCUGUAUGGAAGUGAUUCUAGGGUGUACUCUUGCAUAACAGAACUAGGUGUGGGAUUAACACACGAACCAGGUUUUCACCAGGUUGAUUUACGGGGAAAUAUCUUUGGCCUAUUGGCUGCACAUCCAUUAACUCCCUUGGUGUCCCUACAUCACCCAGAAUUCACUGAUCCUAUCUUUCCUAACAUGACAACUACACAAUCUCUGCAACAUUUAUUUGAAGCGGUUAAUGUUGAUUCCGAGAGGAUGCUACAACAAACAGUUUGUUAUGAAAGAAGUUUGUCAUGGACAAUUUCAGUGUCAUGGGGUUAUGCUGUUCAAGUAUUCCAGAACAAUAUGCUUUUGCCAGAUGUUUUGAGAGUGCAAAAAACAUUCCAGCAAUGGUUGUGGGGAGAUGUUUUGAAAGGAAUAUAUAAUUUCAAUAUAAGAGAACUUCACCCUGACCCAUGUGAAAGGCCAACGAUUUUCUAUUUAGAUAAAGUGUUUUCUGGCAAAGAUGGCAUAACAAGCAGUUACAGGAAACAUUUUCAAAAUUGCUCAUACAAGGAACCAAUGAAGAAAUUGGAAGUGAUCAAAGUGGUUUCAAAUAAGUUAUACCUUGACAACAAACAGACAACAAGAAGGCACUGUUGUGAUGUGUUGCCCUCUAAUAAUGCUGGUGACUUGAUGGAAAUUGCAAUCAGAGAGUGCAAAUAUGAAGAACUGAUUUACAUGCUCUGACAGAACAAGUAUGUAUUAAACCAUUUUUAAUGUAAUAUAUUUUUUAAGUUCACCCCUAUCUAUUGCUUCAACACCAACAAUGCAGCUUUCAGCUCAGUUGGUGCGAUUUAUGAUUCUGUGUUCUAGAUACAUCAAUAUUAUAGCAUAUCACGUGAAACGCCUAGCUAGCUAGUUACUCCAAGGAAGCGCAUUAUGGUUUUAAUGCAUGAUGUUGGUCAACUGCACAAUCUCUUGUAAGAAAUUAGAGAAUUUUGUAAUGCUUGGAGCAAUUAAUCGUUUUAAUGAACGAUGUGGUCAACUGCACAAUUUCUUGCAAGAUAUUAGAAUAUUUUAGUUUUUUUUUUUUUUUUGCAACAACAAUGCUUGGAGAAAAAACAUUUUCUAUGUAAUGUUUGUGUUUAAAUACUCUUUCAUGAGUUAUAAUAAAUUUGAAUUCUUUGUA